AUGAGAACGCGGUUUCCAAUCCUGCUGCCUGGCACAGGAACCGGAGCGAAGGGGACGUUUGAGGGAGUCGGGGAGGGCGCGCUCGGGGGGUUGGGAAAGUCAGGGCUUCCUGAGGUCGAUCUGGUAGAGAAAGGCGGGGUAAAGGUAGUCUGCAGCGGCUCGGAGAUGCUCCAGCUUCCCGGGUCUACUUCACACGCCUGCAAUCAAAAGGUGAAGAAGAAAGAAUGGUCUACCGAUCUCUCUGAAGAAGACCCCAAGAUGCCCAACCUAAAACUUCUUGAGAAUCUUUCCCACCAGGUUAAUGAUCUUUUAAAAUAUUCUAAAACUUGGAAAUGUUUAGAUCCCAAAUCCUAAUUGUAUUAUGCUGAACUCUUAGAACAAACAGUCCACAAACUUCAAGGGACAGGUCUAAGACUCUCCCAUUGUUCCCUUUGUGUCCCCAAACUGGAACCAAUUCCUGAGUGGCCCUCUCCGGCCUCUUGUGAGGGCUCAGCUUUUCAACAGCCCCUUAAAAGUCACAGUCAGUGCGCGAGACAUCAUGCUACUCUAAACGGAGCACUGCAGUUUGCCACCAAACAGCUAAGCCGAGCACUGAGUAGAGCCAUUUCCAAACGUGGAUGUGUAAAUCAUUUCCCUGACUCUUGCAUUUCUUGUUUCUGGACAAAGGGAGUAAAAGAAACAGCCUGUGCUGAGUUUUUGACACUUUCCUACACUGAUCUCCAGAAGGCAGUUAACAAAAUUCUAACUGCUUCAUGA